AUGAAACGGGCCUCCCCCGUCCCCUUUUGGGCGGGACCACGUGCUCUGCUGAGUCAUUUAUUAAAAGACGACGACGACGAAGACGACGACGAAGACGACGACGAAGACAUUAACGACAUUGAUGAAGAAGAAGAAGAAGAAGAAGAAGAAGAAGAAGAAGAAGAAGAAGAAGAAGAAGAAGAAGAAGAAGUUGAUGAUGAUGAUGAUAAGCGCAGGAGAAGGAAGAGGGGGCAGGCUGGUGACGAGGCGAUGAGAGGCUGUACAUAUGUAUAG